AUGUCUUUCCACGGAUCAAGGGCUGAAGGGGGCCUUCUAAUCCUCCAGCAGGCCCUCCAGUGCUUGGAUCAGCAGGAAGAAGACUUAUCCUCGUUGUAUUCAGUAGUCAAUGCAACCGCUACGAAUCCAAAGUUCCAGGAGAGAUAUCCAGAAACCUUCUACCCUGCUAGCGCUUACUUCGACACAGGGCAAAAUCCCACCUCUUCCGAGAUCGAGAACGAUACCCAAUAUUUAGCCCCUCAAUUAGGACGCGGAAGCCAAACAAGCCCUACCAUACAAGAAUCCAACGAAGACGAUACAAUCUAUAAGGGAGAGAUGUAUUUAACUGGGCGGUUGCCACGUCUUCGACUGUUUCCCCAGAAUCCCGAAAAUGGAGAUGCAGGGUCAAAUUCUAUUCCAGCUCUAAAAGAUUUUUCUAUAUCCCCAAGCCAGAGAUAUAACGAUCAUACAGAUACAAGAUCAUAUGCACUUGGAGCGGUCGGUACCUCGGCAGGCGCAAAUGCGGACCUAGGUUUUCCUUCCCAGUCUGGUGUUCAUGCGCUUGACAGCCAGGCAGCGUUUCGAGGUCGUAACCAGUUCGAGCGGCAUCAGAAUAAGAUUUGGGGCAAUAGCGCUACUAGUGGACGUGAUAUUUGGUCAUCAAAUGAUUUAUCACCUCUGAUACUGGGUACCGCUUCUUUCAGUCUUGAUGAGCCAGAGACGUGCGCGAAAAUAGAUCAAGCCGUCACGGCAUCCGGGUUCGAAUGGGUCAACAAGGUCAUAUUUCCCGAUCCCGGACUUAAUCGCUCUCCUACUAUUGUAAGACAAACACAGAGCACAUCGACCCCUCUUGUUUCCGCCAUCGUCGAAGACCUUCAGAGGCUCCAAAACUAUUUUACUCGAUUUGUAGAAGAAGAAAGGUUGUAUUCUUUGCCGUGUCCGCAUGGGCCAUCAGCGCUUUCCUCGAUAUUUGCUUUCAUACAAUCCGAUGAUAGAAAGAAAGCCAAUAAUUUACCUUACACCCAUGCUGGAAAAACCUGUCUUUUUAAAUGUUCUGCCUGCAGCAUGAUAGCUUGUGCUGGUUGUGGCUCAAAGAUUGACAAUCUUAAAGUCCCUUUCAGCAAUUUAUCCCAUAGUUGUAUCGACUCUUAUUUUUUAUCAUUCGUUCUUGUUUUGGCAAAGAUUGAUGCUCGCUGGCAGCUAAAAGAAUUUGGCCCUCAGAACGUCAUCCCUAAGAGGAGAGCUAGUUUUUCAGCUUCGGCCCCCUCCUCAUCUUUCACCCGGGCGAACAGAUACUUGGCGCGACUUUCAAGCACAGGCGCCAGAAUCAGAUACAGUGGGACUGGGUACGCGGCUGGGAGUAAAUACGGAUCAAGAAAGGUUACAAAGACUGCGGCGAAAAUAAAGCAGGAGAUGGGGGACAAUGCUUAUCUUACUGAGCUUUUAGGUCUCCUGGUGGAGCUUGCAACAGAUAAAACAGGGGAGCUAUCCAUGGCUGGCCUUCUAGUGGAAAGGAAAGACCUGCUAGUUGCCACUAUACGAGUCAGCUAUCUACCAGAGCUUUUAGGAAGCCUAGUACGCAACGGCUCGAUCAUGGAUAUUGAAGCUUGCAAUACCUGGCAGAUGUAUGGAAAAUGUUUGGAUCUGCUCCAAGUAUUCUCCACUUAUGAUCCGCUACUAGAGUUUCUAGUUACCCCGCCUCAAGAGAAGAAAUCAUCUCCAGGGAUCGCAAACUUGAUCAAAACUGUUCCCGAUCCUCAUCCAUUGAAAGGAUUCGCCCCAGAUAAAAAACAUAUGGGGAUUUUAAGAAGUUUAUAUCCCGUGGAGUUCAGACUUGUGGAAGGUUCCAACGGCAUUGGCCAGUCAAUCAUACAUUCUUUCCAGAGUCUAGCCAAGCAAUGUCAAGCAUUCAUGAACAAUACAAUUCGAAUUCGAUGGGAAGAUAAAGACGAUGAAAUCGGCGACCUUCUGCUCUUCUGUAGGAAGGUUGGUGCAACUGCGGUCAAGCUCGACCAGCGAGUAGAGGAGUUGAAGAAGAAAGAAGUUAACGCGGAGCGACCGCUACAUUAUAGAAAUUUGAAUUUAGCAUCUUCAUUUGCAGAUGCUGUUGCAUAUCCUAGCUUCUCUUCAUCUCAAACUCACUCUUUCAUCUCCACGCCCUAUUCAACUAAUCUACAGAAAUUUAAUCCGUUCGACAUUCCUCCUACUGUGCGACAGGAAUGCAGGCAUGCAUUGUCCGAUCAUCUACGAUUAAAAUUUUCAGAUAAAGUAGUCAAUACCCAUUGUGGCAGUGUCAGUCCUCGCAGUCGCUUUCUCAGUGAUAAUAGUCUGAUCUUUAGCGCCGCACCUUCACCCGGACGCAUGAAACGGAUUAUCAAAGAGUUGACGGUCUUGUCUACUACUCUUCCCACCGGGAUUUAUAUACGGGUGCAAGAAAAUCGACCAGAAAUUUUCAAAGCCCUUAUUGCCGGCCCUGAAUCAUCGCCAUACCAUCUAGGCUUGUUCGAGUUUGACUUCACUAUCCCGCCCAAUUAUCCAAAUGAUCCUCCGAAGGUGACGUUCAAGACGACAGGAGGGGGUCGCGUCCGUUUUAACCCUAACCUCUACGAAACUGGGAAAGUUUGUUUGUCAAUCCUUGGAACCUGGGGCGGAUCAUCACAUGAACAGUGGCAGCCCAGAACUUCGACUCUACUCCAAGUCCUGGUAUCACUUCAAAGUAUGAUCUUUUGUGCAGAGCCGUACUAUAACGAGCCGGGUUAUGAACAAAUCUUCAGUCCCGGAGACUCUAAAAAAUACAACGAAAUUGUUCAAUUCAAUAAUAUCCGUUUUGGUAUGACUGAUUGGCUGGAAUAUCCUGGCUUGUGGGAUGUAUGA